GCCUCUCGCGCGCGAAGGUUGAAAAGAGUGAGCGAGUUUCAAGUGUCAUGUGUUCCUCCGUGGAGGAUUCCAGUGUUCCCUAAUUGGACCACCGGAUCCCGGGAAUUUGAGUUUCAAAUUCGUAACCCAAAAACAAAACGGCCAUGAAUUGGCUACCGGCGGUCACGGCCGCCAUCUUGCUGGUCCACGUGACCACCGGGGACGUCGGAAUCGGUGGUGGUGGCGGGGCCGAUCCGAACAUGGAGGUCACGUUCCGGCAGCGGACCCGCGCCGACUGGGAAAAGGUUUGGCACCAGGAGAGCCACUCGCGCUGCCACGACAGUCUCAUCCGGCACAUGUACUGGGCCUGUGGGAAGGACAUUUACCGGAUUUCGAGGCGGAAUAACGGAUUGGCGGAAGCGGCGGCGGCGGAGCAGCAGCAGAUGGAGAUGUUGGCGGCGGCGGCGGCGGCGGGAGGAACAAGUGUCGGAAAGAGAGCGAAUGAGCUCCUUCCCCCGAUGCUGUCCCGGUGGACCAUCAGUGCCGAGCAGGCCCAGAGCUUCCUGCGGACGCGCCGCACCGGUUCGAAGCGUCGCUCCGGGGGUUCCAUUACGCAGGAGUGCUGCACCCGGGUCGGUUGCACCUGGGAAGAGUACGCCGAGUACUGUCCGUCGAACAAGCGGAUCAACCGGUACCGGAAGUAGACUUUGGGCGCUUUCGGAUUU